AUGGAGGAGAAUGGAAAUGUCAAUGGAUUAAGUGAUAAAGCUUAUAAUGUUUUUCAGUGCGUCAUUCCAUUCAUUCAAAACUCGAGUGAUCGCGCUGAAGUGUCGUUGGUGUUCAAGAAGCUUUACAUGAUCGAGGGAGUUACACGAUCAAAGGGACAAACAAGAAAUCACGUGACUAUCACAUUCUGUUAUUCCACCACGCCUGAAAGGCUCCGACUAAGAUUUAAGAACCUGAGAUCUCUGAGUGUGUCCGGAAGCAUAUCUGCAGGAUUACCGGAAGCAACUGGUCUUAUUGAUGUGUGUAUUGAUCUUCACAACGAAUGGGCAACUAUCUCAGCUUUCCAGUAG